AGGUGACACAACAACUACCUGCACGCCGCCGGCCAUUAACGUAUCGAGCGACAUUUACGUACCUGGAGGAAGGGAGGCAAUUCAAGAUGAAAUCUGGUGCAGUCUAACAAGUAAACACAAGGAAACAUUUAGAUUUAAGAGGUCAAAUAAUUAUCUUUUAGCUUGACUAUCCAUAUUCUCUAAUGUGAAAUGGGUUGAAAUUCAAGAUGGCUACCUCGGCCAGGUAUUCAUCAAAACCGGACCAUUUAGACGAAAUGGAGUUACGUGAUUUUGUGAGGAAAUACGAUCUUCCUAAAACAGUUUCGAUUGCUAAAGGAUCUUACAUCAAUGGAGAUAUUCGUGUAGCUCAAGGGGAUAUUUUAUUAAUUCGAUCGGAUUUCCCUAAGUGUAUUUCAUUGAGUGUUCACGAUGCAAUUUCUAAAAAUGACAUAGUUGUGUCUUGCGACUGCCAGGUCAAGUUUCGUGUUCUUCCACCGAGAGACACAAAUUCGGAAAGCGAGAGACAAUCAGCCAUGUACCCAACUAUAUAUGAUCUUUUACGGGAUUGUCCAACAUAUUUUCAAGCCACUGCCGAUUUCGACCAGCCAUACCUUCCUGGUGUUUCAAUCAAAUCUGGGGAUACAUUUCGGUUUGGCAGGAUAAUUCCAUCUGGCGAUCAUGAACAUGUUCGUUUAGAAUGUAUUGAUGAAGGCGACAAAAUUGUUCGUCUGCCAGGUAAUUGUCGCGGGUAUUUUCAAUCGUUAGCAGACGAAACAACAUAUACUUUGAGGGAACUAGUAAGUAUGGCCAAAGUUUCUCGUAGGUUAAAGAUCAGCUCUGAAAAUACUAAACUACAGUUAGUUAAUAAUGAAAACAUCGAGGCUUCAAGGGGUGAAAAACCUAAAGGUUCGACACCUUAUUCGGAUACGGAAGUAAAAUCAUCGGGAAGACCGUCAUUGACCGGGCUACCAUUGACAUUUAAAGGAGUAAUGAGGCUUAACAUUUCAGAGACGACGCUAGAGGUGUCACCUUGGAAUGAUUUAGACGUUCGAUGGUACAUUCCCAACGAUUCAAAGAUAUCUGUUCGGUUGUAUGCUCCGGAUGAUUACGAGGUUCCGGUUCUGGCUCAACAGAAACAUCCGUCUAUGCAAUUAAGUGAAUUUGUUAUUCGCUAUGACCAGUUUCCGAUAGAAGCUACCCUAAUGAAUUGUAACGAUAUUCCACGCGACUUUAUUUGUUAUUUGAGGAACGUGUCAGAUGUUAUAGUACACAAAGUGACCACAUUACCCUGUUUAAUUGUCAAAAGUUCAAAGAAAGAGUACUUUAUCGUGACCCCAAACGUUCACGUUACCUUUGCCGACUACCCGAGAUCGUAUCGAUUUGUGUUCGAGCUUGCGGAAUGCGCAAUCGGUUCCCAAGUUAGAGUUAUGGAAGACGUAGCCGGAGACUUCCCUGCACCCUAUUCUUUACGUUAUGGCGAUGUUAUUAAAAUCACAUCCAAUAAACCAAUGGCUAUGAAAAAGAAAAAAGGAUCCGUCCCGGAGUAUAAAGUCUUAAGCUGUGAGCGUCUAAACGAUCAUGGUGUCUUUUCUAAACUUACACUGCCAAUAGAUCUGGAGGUACAAAUGUUCGAACUUGCCGAUAUGAGUGCUCAAAAACUUUACAAACUACCUGAUAUCCUUUCUAAGAAACAGGGACGUGCCCCUGGUUUAGUUUCUGUAAUGGAGGAAGACAAAAUGAAUCGUCUCCCUUUACCACCUGUGGUGGAAAUGGUGCAAGUGUUUCAAGACGAAGUGGUUCUCGUGUCUCCACUGCGAAGAACAGAGGAGGGCAAUAUUGAACCGUUGGUCAAAAACUGUCUGGCUAUACCGACUCGACACUCAUUGUUUGUGUCAUACAAUAAAACUCUAGACUUGCCAAAAGAUUACUUUGUGUUACCGAGAUCAAAACAUCGCAAAAACAUCCUCGUGGAACAAAUAUCUGUACGGAAAUUCAAAGAACUUCAGAGGAGGCACAUUCAAUCGGCGUCGUAUGAAGAUAUAGAUUUUGGAAGUACAGAUUCUCCUAUCCCCGGAAUGACACCAUCUUCUUCAUUAGAGCCGAUGAAUGAAAGAAGGACCAAACGAAUUAACCGAUCACUCAGAAGGAUCAGUAGAUUAUUACCUAACCCAUUCAAUAGAAAAUCUCGAGUGGAAAAUGAGGUACCUCCAACAAUAUCUACUGGUGACGUCAGGGCAGAAGAUAAUGUUUAUACAGGGCCACCUAGUGACGAUUCACAGUAUUAUGACGAUGAAAAUCUAUAUGAAUAUGUAGAUGUAAAUGCUCAUAGACAUAGUCGACCCAUAUCUACAACCAAGACAACUAAACCUUCCAAACCAAUGUCUCCCAAGAUAUCACAGAAGAAACCUAAAUGACUAAAGACAUCUGUGAAUGUGAAAUGAAAAACCAAUGUUAUCCGUGUGGACACUCAAAAGAAGGAUGCCGAAUUGACGAACCCAAUAGAAGAGUGACAUAAAGUGAUACGAACUUCCAUUUAAUAUGCUGAAUAGAUUUAUUUGUCCUGUUAUCUGGAAGGAAAUGGGUCAAUGAAUGAACUAGUAGUCUUGAAUGCAUUUAUGAUCACUUUACAUCGCUUUGCUUCUUUUUGUUAUUAGUUGGUUAUCUAUGUUGCAUCUCGUAUUCGUCCAUAUUCGAUCAUAGAAUCCCAUCGAUAAAGCAAACACCAACCUCUCCAUCCUGUAACCCUUACUGAAAUGCCAUCAACAGACUACCGAUCAUAACCAGUGAAUGAAUUAUCUAGAGAGUGCUGUGUUGAUAUAUCCCUCUUUUAUUCUUGACCAAUAUAAUGUAUAUAUACAUACAUUUUACAAUAUUGCUUUAAAAAAAAGAAAAUAUCUGAAUAACUAUCCAAUGAUAUAUAUUUAUAUAUUUUUUAAAUCUGCUGUAAAGUUGACUUGCUAUAAAGUUACUUGUUAAAACUGUUUAAUCGCUGGCAUCUUGUCUUUAAGCCCACGAAACUUUGAACUUUGAAUUUUGGUCGCUAAAUUGCCCAAACAACAUCGCUGUUGACGCUUAUUUGAAGCAUAGGGUAGCUUUUUCAGGACGACUGAGAAUUUUUUUCAUAUAGCCAACUAAAUCUUGUCACAACUUAUACUGAUAACUUAAAUCUCCACACACUAUAAGAACCACGUGAGAAUACAAAGAAAGAAUGUGAAAAGCUGAUAAAGAAAAAUUAGUUUGAUUUAUUUGUUUUCUGUAUUUUCAUUCUUUUAAAGGGGGUGUCAACCUAAAUAUUAAAAUACUACAAACCUCCUUAGCUAUGUCUCCCACAAAAAGGCUUUGUAUUUUUGAAUUAUUUGUUUAUCUUGUAAAGUUGUAUUAAGUAAUUUCAUAUUAAAUUGACGUAUUCUAAUGCUGAA